AUGAAUACACUAGGGGCUGCUAAACAGGCUUCCCUGGAAAUUUCACGUGAAUUACCUAUGGAUCGAACAUGCCCAUCCACUGAAGAUAUCGAAGAACAGUGUCGGCGAAUUGGUUUGGCCGGACUCUAUCUUGCUGAUCUCACACCUUCAGCUGGACCGUCUUUCAGCCGAAGUGGGCACCCUAAUUUGUCUAUAGCGGAAAUCAAGCCUGUAAAUUUGCAAAAUACGCCACCCCUAAGCCAAGAAUCAAAUCUCCAAGUAGCCGUUUGUAAUAAUUCUGUUCCAUUUUCACCAAUGUCAUUAUCAGCCUCUACGACUAGUUUUCUACCGAGGAUUGUGUGUUCAACUUGGGAAACGGCGGAGGUUCCUCAUAACCGUCUCAUACUUAAUCAUUUUCGGCGAUAUGUGCAUCAUAUCACAUCAGAUGUUAAUGCUCUUCGAAGUCGGAGUACUUCUAGUCGUCUGAGUGUUUUCCCCCUACCGCCUUCCAACCACCAUCGGAAUACUAUUCGAAUUCGACGAAACCGUCGAUCACAUAAUUGGCGUUUGCUUCGACAUGCUUCUCUUCAGCCGCAUUCUCGUCGAAGUCGGACACUUUUGCGCACACAAUCUCGACAUCGCUCCUCCGUCUCGUCAUUCAAGAACAGUAGUUCUUAUGAAGUGGACAUUUUAAAGUCUUCACCAAAUCUUAGCGAUGCUGAGCCCAACGAGCCGUCUGUCGAGUCGUCUAAGGUCACCGAACAAGUACCUCUUCCUAACUAUAGCGAACUAAGAAGUAUUUGCAGCAGUUCAGGUGUUGAAGAGAUUCAUCCCCUUCCUUCGUUACUUUCUCUACCCUCUAACGCUGACGUCUCGGCAGCGUCUAAAGUCAAUUUUGGAACAGUUCGCCUGCGUAAACAUGCCUCCUCACCUGCUGGUAGAAGAUUUCCAUCUAGACGUCGAAAUGCGGUUUACUUAGCGUCUCGCGGCUCUCCGUGUCGUUGUAGUAAUGGCAACGGCGGAGAUGAGGUAGUCCCGAUCCCUUCUACAUCUCAUCCAGUCCCACCGCCUUUCUCAUCUACCAGUCGAAAUAAAGGAGUUAGGAUUUCGAACAAGAACAAGCUGCUGCCACAAGUACCAUACCUCUGUUUACCCGCCUUUCCUCCAGACCUAAAUUCCCUAGACCAUGCCUAUUCCUCUCCUAUUCGGCAUGAACUUCUUCCUAGACCCGAGAUCGGUAGGAUUCGAACCGAGGAGAGUGAAAUUUCCACUAGGUCCUCAAGAAUAUCCCGUCCAACCGUUGCCAAAAUUUCAAAAGCCCCGACACCGAUUCCUUCAGAUCGUACAUUGAGUCUGGAAUUACAAUCGGAGUCUAUUACCGAGGGAUUUCAUCAAUCCGCCUCCUCUGCGUCAAUAUACGAUCUGAUUAAAGGACGCUUUCCUACUAGUGGUAGCGAUCUCCGUCGAUCUGUAUCUCUCUCAUCUAUGCACUCCGAUGCAUUUUGUGCUAAAAAGAUGUCUAUUGCACUGGAAGAUAAUGGCGAAUCACUACCGCCUGGUCACACAGUGAGCCUUCAAAUCAAAACUUCAUCGGCCCCUGAAGAUAUCUAUGAAGGAAAGCCAACAUGGACAGAAAUGCUCGUGACUCUCGUGCUGACUGCUCUUGUCUCAAUCUUUGGAGGUCUCCUUCUCUCCAGUGGAGCAUUCCAUGGCUUCUCUCUCUCACUACUAUGUUGUGUUAUCGCCGGCUGUCAUUAUUCCCUCAUUAAAUCCGUCCAGCCAGAUCCUGCUUCCCCGCGUCAUGGCUUCAAUCGUCUGAUCAUCUACUCAAGAAGUCUUGUCUUCUGUCUACUUGGUUUUCUUUUUGCUCUCACUCUUAUUCUCAUUCCUUCUGCCCAUAAUAAUGCUGAUAGCGAUGUUUGUCCAGCGAAUUUCAACAUUGUGCGGCGAAGGUCAUCAACAUUUUGGUUUUCUGGCGAGGGGGUGACAACACAAUUGCCUUCUUUGACGCUCUAUGGGUGGAAUUUGGAAGCCUUAUGGAUUCUCUGUCUAGCGAAAGACCUAUCUGGCUACCUUAUUUUGACGUUUCCGCUUAUUUGUCUCUUUGGCUUGGUGCCUCAAGCCAAUACACUAGUUGCCAAUGUUCUGGAGCAGAUUGAUAUUCAUGUAUUUGGUUCGUCAGGUUCAGUCAAUCUCAUCUCAGGUGUGGUCUCGGUGUUUCGAAGCUGUCUGGUACUUACCUUGGGUUUUGGAUUCUGUUACGCCGCUGUUCUAAAUAAUAAUCCUCAAGAUGUUUUCUUCUCAGCAUUUUGGGGCCUCUAUCUUCCGCUUUGUUACCUCCUCAGUCGUACACCGAAUAAUGUUGGAAUUAUGCGCCACAUAUUCACGCAUAUAUCGUCAUUGGAUAAAACUGAAACCACUGAUUCGAGAUACCACCACAUCCUUCAACGCAUCUCUCUGUGCCUGCAGAAGCUCCUUAUUUCCCCAAUAAGUUUAAACACUUCGCGUCAACAGAAAGACACUUCAAAUACAAAAGCAAAGAAUUCUCCAGGCUCUAGUUUUUCUCCCAAACUGGAAAAUGAUGUCGUUGAUAAUGCAACAUUUUCUUUCUCCUCUUCACGGCUUGUAGGUACUCGUCAAUCACAACCCUCUGUUUGGUCCAAUUUGAAUGGAGUCGGAGAGGCUAAUCCAGUAGCAGAGCGAUCAGGUUCCUUAAAUCUACCCACUCCUAUUACUCUUGACUCUCCAAAUGGCAUCAACUCUGAAUCACUUGCCGCCAUUGUUGCUUUCAACGAAGAUGAGGAAUUUCCAGCACAUUGUGGUGAUCAUGUUCGUGGUGGUAGUGGUCGUCAAUCUCUUCAGUCCGUUCACACCACAGGAAAAAUCCAAGCAGUGUCUCAUCCACAACCAUCUAACAUGUCAUCUGCAAUGCUCUCUCCUGUACCUGAGUCGACUUCUCCACCUCUUCUCAAUACUCCUCUGAAGCCAUCUGCUUUGUUCGGAGAUUCUGGAAGCAUGAUUAAUAACACCUCUGAUCUCUACGAUCCUCUACCUGGACGUAUUGUUGCAGCGAUGUUGGUGCGCAUUCGGAAUGACCUCCUUCUUGUCUUUGUUUGGGCUGUCCUUGGCUUUGCCGUUCACGUGAGCACAGUCUUCACGGUGCCCACUCUUCACUCUAUUCUACCAAGACUUCUAACUUGGAUUAUUAUUGUGUGUGGUUUUGUGCUCCACUAUGUUUGGCCACAGCUAAGAAAGCCAUUUCCCUGGCUCCUAUUUGCGCGCUCUGUCUGCCCACCGUCGAUGAACGGUCAAGUGACUGGCCUCGAGAUCGCCUACCACUGGUGUCAUUGGUUUGAGAGGUAUUUUCUAGUCCCCGCGGCAACUAUGGCAACUACUACUAAGGCAUUGGUGCCUCUUUGUGAAAAAUUUAAUCCGAUUGUGGCAACAUUAAUCAUACUGGUAACAUCAAUGAAGCUACUACGACAUGGUUUCUCCGGAGGCACUCGGAUUUUCCUCAACUUCUACUUUGCUGAAGUUCUCUUCACAUGCGACUUCCCAGGGCUCAGCGAAACCUUUCCUCUCGACUACUUCUUCAUCUCAAUUGCCCUUGCCAAGGCAGGCCGUGCUUUAUUAAUAAUUCCUAACAUUAUGAUGACUGAAUUGUGGAAUAAGCUGUCAUUUGUGUAUAUCUACAUUGCACCAUUCCAGGCCAGUUGGGGCUCCAUCUGUCACGCUGUUGCUCAACUCGCCUCCAUCCCACAUUUCAUUUCGACAUUGGGAAAUUGCAUUUUGUCAACACUGCUGUCGGCACCAUUGGAGCCGUUUGUGGCCAGUGUCUUUUUCAUAACGUCAUACGCACGACCAAUCCGAUUUUGGGAAGCCACUCAAAAAAUCCACCGAAUUGAAUCCACCAAUACUUCACUUCUUUCUCAACUUCGUGGGGUCUCCUUUGAACAAGUGAGUGCUAAUCUCAAUGCCAUAUUCUAUGAGCAUAUUGCUCGAUGCCUACAACAACGUCUAGCUGGCGAUAUUGAGCUGGGACGCUGGUCUGGUGGUGCGGUAUGCGCUGGAGAUAUCUUUAUUCUAGCAUCCGAAGAUCUCCAUUUCUUACUACAUGUUAUUGAGGUGGGCAACGGACUUGUUACCUUCCAAAUGCGCGGUCUUGAGUUUGUCGGAACUUAUUGUCAUGAACAGGAGAGCAACGGCCUGUCGGAGCCUCAAUUGGGAGAUCGUGACUGCUGCUGUUGUACCCUUCACCACCUUCCACCUACUCUCUUGUCUCCUAAUGGGGCUGUUCGACUGCGUUGGUUGGCCUGGCAAUUUGUGUACGCCCCCUACACCAUUGAGGCAUAUCGUCUAAUCGAUCAUAGUGCAGCCACCUCACUUCAAGUUAUCGAUUUUCGCAAAAUUGUAGUUUCUCUUUUCAUUCAGUGUUUGCUCUACUUCGCUGCGAGACUCCCGAAUCUUUCUGUCCGACUUCAGCUGCUCUCUCCUGAGUUACACGAACGCUUCGCUGGGGAAAAUACGGCUGAUUUGGAUCCGGCUUUCAGCAGAUUUUUUGACGAGGAUUUUGAUGAAACUGUGUCUGGUGUCACGCGAGUCGCUUUUUUGGGUGUCUAUGCUGAGUGGAUUCGAUAUUGUCUUUCCAAGUGCCCUCAAAACAUGGCUGUGGAUUCGUCCGACGGUUCCGAUUUCCUUACUCUUUGUUACGCCAUUUCUCUACUCGGUCGACGAUGUCUUGGUGGCGUUUCAGGUUACGUAAAUAAUGGUCUAGAGACAUUUCUUCACUACCUUCACGACGUAUUCAAAGGAGACGUCCAAAUAUCUAUCAAAGACGACUGGGUGUUUGCUGAUGUCGAAAUUCUCAACCUAGUUGUAACUCCAGCAAUGCGAGUUGCUUUGAAAUUGUAUCAGGAUCACUUCACAUGGAAUCCUCUUUCAACAAAUCAUGAGUUGUAUCAUGCCAUUUGGAGUACUACAGAGAACGUUGUCAUCUGCCAUGAAACGGAUCCCCAAUGGCGUUCAGCUGUUCUCAAUGAUGCUGAAAAACUUUUCUCGUUUCGCCGAAUUGAUUCAGGUACUACGCAGCAAUGCUUCCGUUUCAUCAUGAUGAAUAAACAGCCCCUCUCCUUCCAAGUCAUCAAGUUAAACAGUGAGUGUGUUAGAGGAUUUUGGGCUGGUCAAUUGAGGGAGCAGAUUUUCCUGCGAAAUAAGAAUGCGGAGAGAGGCAGUAUUCAACACGCGAAACAUGUUCUCCGCAACCUGAUAAACUCGAGCUGUGAUCAACCUGUUGGCUAUCCCAUCUACGUUAGUCCAUUAAUCACAAGUUUUGCAGAGAGUCAUCCUCAGUAUCGGAACAUCUCCUGCCCAAACCUUUCCAUUCCUGGUGUGAUCCGAUCUCUAUGGAUUCUUCAAAACCGUGUCAAACAAUACUGCAAACGAAGUUAUCACGGAAGAGGCAGCGAUAACAAAUUAUUUGAUCCAACUGUUCUUAUUACAGUAGAACUGCGUCGUCUUCAAACCUCAAAAUUCGCCGUCCGGUCUUGUUCUUUCUGCCCUCAUGAAUCCCCAUAUCCUCAACGCAAUGAUCAGAAUGUUUCUUCCAACUUGCACACCUUUUGGCAUUUUCAGCAACGUCAGCAGGGCCAUCAUUUAUUUCGAAUGGGUCACCACCGUCAACAUCAGCACUCUUUGCGUGAAAGUGGGACUGCAACAUCGAGUCUAUUGGCAGCAGGGUGUGGCAGUGAAUUGGCUUCCUGGUGUUCUGAGGUUGCGGCAAAUUCUGGAGUAGCUACAACGACUACAUCUGCCUCCCCUCCCUUACCUCCUGCAUGCACUUCUCUCUCUGCUGGUAUCGCGGCGGCAUCUUCUUCCGUUUCUAGCAGCACAACAGCCGUCGUACAUCAAUGUGAUACUUCCAGUCGCCGUGCUAAAAAGGAGAACUAG